GUUUCUUUGUUUCGUCAUUGUCUUGUUCAUUUCUCCAUCUCACCUCCGAAUUACAUGCAGCAUUUCAACGAACAAAACUCCCAACAGAAAUUCGAUUUCUAACCCAAAUCGCUUCUUUUUCCCCCAAAAUCCUCUUCACGAAUCACAUCAAAGAACCCUAUCCGAUUCACACCACCGUGAAUCCGACUCCAUUUUCAGAUUAACGGCUCAAUUUUUUCCCUUUCUUCAGUUUGGGGACCUGAGGAAAAAGGACAUUUUUCUGGGUUCCGUUACGAAGAGGUACAGCCAUAUUUUGGGCGUUGAAGCAUUGUUGGGAAUUUUGUGACGUUGAAUUGAACCCCCCCAAUAAACAAAACAAAAUAUUGUUUAUUUUUUUCGGAGUUUUCUCGGAUGAAUUAGCUGAAAGACUUCCGUUACAUGUUUUCUCGUUCCCAUUGUUUUAGGGCUCAAAAUUAAAGCAGGAAGAAAAAAAAAAUUCUUGUUGUUUAUGCGCAUGCAUAGCUAGCUGUAGAUGAUGGGGCUAUGCGUGUCGUUGUUGUUUGAGUUCAAUCAAAAUGAGGAAGGCAGCUCUGAGGGAAAUGGAUUAUUGAUUGUUUGAGAAAGCGAUGGGCGCCAGAUUUGUGGCCAUUUUUAUUGUUUUUAUCUGUGUUUUUGCAGCGAUUGAUUCGGAUGGAAAGAGGGAAUUAGGGGAAAACUCUUUCGACAGCGAAGUUCAGGUUUUCGAUCAUCAUACGGCCGAGCAAGUUUGGGAUUAUUGUAGUAAGAAGUUGAAAUAUAGCACCGAGGCUGCUAAGAACUUAGGUUCAGGUCUAUCUCAUUCAGCUGUUACAACAUACAGUAGCGUCGAAUUUGGUUCGAGUUUGUCAGUGAAAAGGACUAUACAGAAGGCUAUAGCUGAUCUGCCUCCAAAGGAGAGGAUAACAAUUCUGAAAUGCUUGAGAGACAGAAAAUUCCCGUUGCAGGUCUUAAAUGACGAGCAAAGGAUUUUACUUGAUGAAUGCCAAAAUCUGUUUUCUGGUUGGGCUGGUAUUCCAAGAAGGUACCUGAGGCGUAAAAUUGGCAUGCGCCAAGUUUUACAAACUGCUUCAGACUCAGAUUCUGCAUCACCCUCUUCACCUACUUCAGAAGAAUCAGAAUCAUCAGAUAUCGACUAUCCUUCACCAUUUGAUCUCGACUACCCUUCACCAUUAGAUAUCGACUACCCUCCAGUGGAAAUGAAAAAAUUUACACCUAUGGCUUCACAAGACAGUGCUAAUGAUAACAGAAUGUAUCUUGUAGGUGCUGUGAUUGCAAGUUCAAUGGCAGGAAUUGCUCUUGCAGCACUAGUCUUGUUUCUAUGUGUAAAUAAAGAUAGGAGGGAAGAUGAGCCGAAAGAUGUGCAGAGAGACGACAAGCCUCUUCUCAACUUCAAUGGUACUGACUCUCCAGAAAACAAUCACCCGAUGGGUACACCGAGUAGUUUCAAUUUCAAGGCGACUUCGACUGUUGGCAGUUCAGUCGAUGCUUACAGUGCUGCAUCUCAAGCUGUAUCUCCACUGCUAGAUGAUAAUGGGGAGGCAUAUGUGAAAAUCCCAUUACCACUUCCUCCGGGGAGAGCAGCAGCGGCAGCUGCUGCAGCCGCUGCUGCUGCUGCUGCGGCUGCUGCUGGAACUGGAGCUGGAACAACAGCAGCAGCUGGUGGUGGUGGUGGUUCUUCCAUGGGGAUAAUGGGAGCAGGAACAGCAGCUGCAGCGGGAGUCGAGGCAGGAGCAGCAGCAGGGGUUGUGGAAGGAGCUACAGAAUCAGCAGCAAAGGCACCAGCACCACCACCACCUGCACCACCAGCACCACCUCCACCAGCAGUGGCGCCACCUCCUCCUCCACCGGUAUUCGGAGCUCCAGCUCCUCCACCGCCUCCUAGAGGCGGUCGUCCACCUCCUAAUGCACCUCCUGGUAAACCCCCUGCGUUGGGACCCCAGCAUCGACGUAAUUCAACAAAUGAGUCCGUAUCUUCGGAAGACUCCGUAGCCCCCAAAGCCAAGUUAAAGCCAUUCUUCUGGGACAAGGUUAUGGCAAGCCCAGAUCAUUCAAUGGUCUGGCAUGAGAUCAAAGCUGGCUCUUUUCAAUUUGAUGAGGAGAUGAUGGAAGCUCUGUUUGGAUAUGCAGCAGCUGAUCAGAAGAAACAUAAAAGAAAAGAAUCAACUUCAUCUGAAUCUUCUUCUACCCCGCAGUUUAUUCAGAUUAUCGAUGCUAAAAAAUCGCAGAACUUGGCAAUUCUUCUAAAAGCAUUGAAUGUGACAUCAGAAGAAGUCUGUGAUGCCCUCAUAGAAGGUAAUGAGCUCCCAUCAGAAUUCAUCCAAAAUCUGUUGAAAAUGGCACCAACGGCGGACGAAGAACUAAAGCUUAGGUUAUAUACUGGAGAUCUUAAUCUAAUUGGCCCAGCUGAGAGAUUUCUUAAGGCCUUGAUUGAAAUCCCAUUUGCCUUUAAACGUUUGGAGUCAUUGUUGUUCGUAAGCACGUUUCAGGAGGACUUCACUUCAGUCAAACAAUCUUUACAAACUUUAGAGGCUGCGUGUGACGAGCUCAAAAACAGCAGACUCUUCCUGAAACUCUUGGAAGCUGUUCUGAAAACUGGCAACCGAAUGAAUGAUGGCACCUACCGUGGUGGUGCUCAGGCAUUCAAGCUCGACACGCUCUUGAAACUUUCGGAUGUGAAAGGAACGGAUGGGAAGACCACACUGCUGCAUUUUGUUGUCCACGAAAUUAUUCGUGGAGAAGGAGUAAGAGCUGCUCGUAGAAUGAGGGAGGGCGGGAGUUUGUCCAGUGUGAUGACAGAAGAUCUUCACGAGGAUCCUUCCCAUGACACGGAAGAGUACUACCGGAGCCUCGGCCUUCAAGAAGUGUCCGGCCUCUGCAGCGGCCUCUUGAACGUGAAAAAGGCAGCAGUGAUUGACCGCGAGAUCAUAAGUGAGUACGUGACCAAACUCGGCCAGUCCCGUUUCAAGACUAAAGAUUUUCUUGAGAAUGAGAUGAAGAGCUUGGAUGAAGAAAGCAAGUUUCUUGAAACCCUCACUAGAUUCAUCGACCAGUGUGAGGCCGACGCUGCAUGGCUCAUGGAGGAGGAGAAGAGAGUGAUGGACCUAGUGAAGAGCACUGGAGACUACUUCCACGGUAGGGCAGGCAGGGACGACGGGGGGCAUCUCUUUGUGAUCGUCCGUGACUUCUUAUUAAUGGUGGACAAGGCGUGCCAAGACGUGAAGAGCUCCAUAAAACUGCCAAAGACGCACAGGAAAGACAUCUUCUCACCAUCAUUAUCACCUUCACCAUCUCAAGGAUCACCCCCGGCCUCCGAGACCACGCAUGAGAUGCAGUCGCGACUGUUUCCAGCAAUGAGGGCGCGCCAACUUGACGAUGAAUUCAGCUCUGAAGAUGAUACCUAAUCUUUUUCCAAGGUCAUGUUUGAAGAUGUUGGACUUUCUAAACUCGGUUGUCGUGGGACGGGCUCAAUGCAUCGGAGGCCAAGGACGACGGGCAGCCACAAUGACAGAAGACAUACACAGUGUGAAGAGUUGUGGGAUUGAUGGCUUUUGUGAACAUAUGCAGAAGAAUUGAUCUACAAAGUUGCUACUUAUAAAAAACACCUGUUCUUCAUGGUUGUUAAGAGGUUCAGUUCAAAACCUUAAAUUUUUUGUCUCUCAAAUCCGAAUUUGUUGUUAUAGGUUGUAUAGCACAGUCUCAAAUUUAUACUAUUUCAUUAUCUGUA